AUGUCUACCACCUCUACUUGCCUCCAACUCGAAGAGUUGCAGAAGACCCCGACUACGUUCCACCAGAACUUGUUCUCGGAGUCUCUCUCAGAUUACUCUAAUGAGUCAAGAUCUGAGAGUGAACCCCCGUCGCCGCGGUCUGAGGAGUCAAAACAAAGAGUCUUGCUUCUCAAAGGGGCCCGUGAACAGUACGCAUUGGUAGAUGACCAUGCUAUACCUUCUGUUUUGCAUGAGGGAGAGAUUCUGGUCAAGGUACUUGCAAUCGGCCUCAACCCUAUCGACUGGAAGGGACCGGCAUUCAACUUUGGUAUCCCCAGCCUGCCAUGGAUCAACGGGCGGGAUCUAGCUGGCCUUGUACUACAAGUUCCCAAAGGAUCAUCACGUCUUCGUGUAGGCGACGUUGUGCUGGUCCCAUCCACAGAUUACCGGGAUAUUAGGAAAGCAGCAUUCCAAGAAUACGCCAUUGCCACCGACUUCAAUGCUGCCCGAAUUCCUUCUUCAACAUCUAUCCACGCUUCAGCUUCUGUCGGCGUCGCAUUUGUCGCUGCUGCAUUGGCUUUGGGCGUCUCAUUUGGACUAGACUUCUCCCUCAUCACACAAGUCCCCGGUCCUAAUCUGCCUAAUAUCAUCAAAAGGCUCGACAGAAAUGAUAUACCCGCCGAUAUACAUGAAGAAUGCUUUGCGUCAUUAUUGGACUCAGAAAAGCCACAACGUGGAGACUGGGUAGCUAUCUGGGGAGCCUCAACAACUACUGGUCUGAUAACGCUUCAACUGGCCAAACUCGCCGGUUUACGCGUGAUUUGUGUAGCCGAUGCAGCACGGCAUGGUGCCAAACUUGUGCAGUCCGGUGCAGAUCUGCUAGUUGAUCGACAUGACCCUGAUCGUGCAGUGGAAAUUAUCCGCGGUGUCACCGAGGGCAAAUUGCGAUAUGCCAUUGAUAUAGUCGGAAGAGAGACCGCAACACAGCUUGAAAAGGCUCUUAAUCCUGAUGGCCACGCCCAUCUCCUUGGAUUAACUGGUCUACCUAAAGAGAAGAACCCGGGGAUACAAUAUCACACUGUGCCCAUUAAGCUCUUCCAUAGCGCUCCUACAGUGGGUGAAGCUAUGGUGUGUUGGUUGGAAGAUCUUCUGCAAUCGACGAAUCUUACAUUGCCAGAGAUUGUUCAUGCAGAGGGCGGGUUUGAGGGUAUUAAUGCGGCACUCGAGACGUUGCGGAGUGGUUCAGUGUCUGGAAAGAGGAUCGUGGUCGAUCUGGGCGCUUCACCUCGGUAG